CAUUGCCAUCAGUUGUCCUUAAUAUCUGCAACAUCAAAGCACUUUACCCCCUACUUUUUCCCGGAAAAUUGUUUCAGUCCCCGUUAACCAAUCACGCUCGGCUCACUUCUCACUUAGCUAAGUUGGCGACAGGAGUAGACCCUUUUCUUUUUAAUCUGGAACUAGGGUUUCUCUUCUCUCCUUUUUUUCCUGUUUUUAGGCGCUUUUAAUAUUUGCAAAGAAAGGCUCAUCUGGGGUCUAGACGUACAUAACAAGUGUUGGUGACAAUGGUGAUGAAGAAGCUCUGUUUCUGUGAGUUGAUUCUACUGUGUCAUCUACUUCUGGCAACUGUUGUUUGUUCCAAGCACCAUGGAAACCCAGCAAAUGAUCUUGUUGAGAUCAUUAACCAGAACAGAACUGCUCAAAAACUUCCAAUACUGAAUGACAGCCCUGGUCUUGGGUGCAUGGCCCUCCAGUAUGUUGAACUAUGCAAGGGGAACUGCAGCGGCAACAGUGCUGUAAACUGUAAACCGCCAGAUGAUGACUUCACUGAAGUUUUUGCUCCCAAUUGUGGUGUAGAGCUGCCCACUUUCGGCACUAUUACUGGCCACAUCGUGGGUUGUCAAUCCAAAUAUACAGAGCCAUCCCCAGCCUUCUCUCGUGUUCUUGUUAAAGACAAGAAGAGCUUAUCUCUUCUGAAAAAUAAAUCGAAUACGGAGGUGGGAGUCGGCCUGGUUGGGUUCCAUAAAGGUCCCUUCUUUUGGUGUAUUCUAUUUAGUAAUGGUCGGACGAAUUCUACCUUUGUUCUUGAAGAUCGCGGUCAAGGGAUCAAGCAGAAGAAAGGGUGCUAUAGCGGAAGUUCCUUUCCUUGCAAUGCUGGACAGAGAAGUGCUGUGUUUUUGAACCAUAUUCUUACUUUGAGUUGUUUAUUAAUUCCGCUGUUAAACCACAUCUGAUUCAUAUCAUCAAUUGCUUAAGCCCUUAAUGAGACAAUGCCUGGAAAUGUUGUAACUGGAAAUUUUCCUUCAGCGUGCAAUUAUCCCAAACUCCCCCCCUCCCCCCACUUUUCUA